GGAAGUGGCACAGUGUGGGAGUGUCACUGGGCGCAAUAGUGAACGCCUUGUAUGCGGCUUUCUGUGAGACGGUACUGAAACGCAGGCUGCAGACGAACGGAACGGUAACGGGCCCGGCAUUUAACCGCUGUAUUACCACUUAGUACCGACUUAGUUUGUGUUUGUGAGGGUGGAGACCGGAGUCAUGGCUAACCGCUCCCUGUGGUCGCUCUGCCUGCUGCUGGCGCUGCUGCUGCCGCUGGAAGUCCUGUCUCAGGACUUUGACCUGUCCGAAGCUCUGGAGGAUGAGGACGACAGUAAACCAUUGACCCCCCCACCAAAGCCCGCAAAGCCAGCCGCACCAGCUGGAGGACCGGGAGGAGAAUUUAAUCUGGAGGAUUCCCUUGAUGACGGUGCCACCACCACCACUACCACCAAAGCACCACCCAAGGUUGUGCCGAAAGCCCCUACAGGUACCAAGGCCCCCGUCAAGCCCAAACCCAAGCCAGCUGGUGAUGAGUUUGACCUGGCUGACGCCUUGGACCCCAACAAUGACAUUGGUGGCAAGGAUAAGAACAAGGGGCAGGGAGGUGGAUUUACGGACGAUGAUCUGAUUGAUGUCGGCAAAGACAACACCUACAAGCCUGACAAAGGCAAAGGUGGGCGUCCAAGCGGGGAUGAUCAAAUUAACCAGUAUGACGACAACAACGAGACCACAGCAGAAGUGGGCACCAUUGCGGGGAUUGCAAGUGCGGUUGCUAUGGCGCUGGUCGGUGCAAUCACCAGCUACAUCUCCUACCAAAAGAAGAAGCUGUGCUUCAGCAUACAACAGAGCCUGAAUACUGACAUGGUGAAGGCUGAGAACCCUGAGGCCGUGGUGGCUACAGAACCACAAGUCCAACAGACUCUCCUGGAGCCACCCAACGCUGAGCCUCCCACUGAAGAGAAUGCUGUGUAACAAACACACACACACACACACACACACACACACACACACACACACAC